AUGCAACGAUUUAGUCUACAUUUGAGGGUUUCAAACGUCAAUGGCAUAUUUCUGAACAUGCAAAAGGUCGUUUCCCCCUUCACCCCACUCUGCGAGCUCAACUUCGCGAAGCUGCAUGCCGCGACUGGGGCGACGGUGAGGCGAGGGAGUGUGAUGGGACAGUCAGACUUAAGCAAGGAUGGAAAUCAUGCUGCAGCUAAGCGAUUGAAAUGUAUGUCAAUUGUUUUUAAGAUGCAGGAUAUAAAUGCGGUACCAGCAGGUUGUAAUGGCGUAACCAGCAGCCCGUGUUAA